AUGGAGAACAACAGUGCCUGCAGCAAUGGACGGGAGCAGCUAGGACUUCGUUUUACCAUCGACUACCUGUUGUACAACAAAGGUCACAAGACUGGACAAGAGGAAUCGAAGGAGAGUGAAUCAAAGACGGCAGUUCCUCAAACCACUCUUGAUGACCAAAUUAGUGGAGCUCAGAAUGGAACAGUGGCUGUGCAGGAGAAUGGAGUGGACAGAGCAGAUGAGCAAGAAGAACAGACUGCAAAUGAAAAGACAGAGUUGCCCACCAAAACAUUGAGCCAAGAGCAAAAACCCACUGAGUCCUACAUCGCCCUCAUUUCCAUGGCCAUCCUGGCCUCCAAAGAGAGGAAACUUCUGCUGUCUGAUAUCUACCAGUGGAUCAUGGAUCAAUAUCCUUACUUCAAGAGCAAGGACAAGAACUGGAGGAACAGCGUCAGGCACAACCUCUCCCUCAAUGAGUGCUUUAUCAAGGCUGGACGCAGCGAUAACGGCAAGGGUCACUUCUGGGCCAUUCACCCAGCCAACUUCCACGACUUCUCUAACGGAGACUACCACCGACACCAGGCCAGAAGGAGAAACCGCAGAGUGACAGCACGACUCCCCUUCACCCUGCCCACCUCCUACCAGCCCUUCAGCCGCAUGAAGGGGAUGCCCUGCUGGUGCUGCCCGCAUUCCCGGCCCCUUCCAUGCCUUACAACCAGAGAGUACUGGAGCUGGACAGCAUUCCAAUGA